CUCGUCCCGACCGACGUCCUCGACGUCGUCGUCGCCGUUAUACAGAUCCAAGAAUGUGGGAGCGGACGUUGCAGGACCUCAUCAGAGGUCUACGCGCAAACAAGAAGGAUGAGAGCAAGUUCAUCAACAAGGCGGUCGAGGAGAUCAAGCGGGAAGUGCGCGAGGAGGACAUGGAGCUUAAGGCGGGCGCCGUGCUGAAGCUCACAUACCUUGACAUGCUUGGGUACGACAUGAGCUGGGCCUCCUUCCAUGUCGUCGAGGUUAUGUCCUCGCCUCGGUUCCAUCUCAAGUCGGUUGGGUACCUCGCAGCCACCCAGUCCUUUAACAAGGACACGGAUGUGCUCAUGCUCACCACAAACCUCCUCAAGAAGGACCUGACGUCGACGCCUGCAGACGUAGCCGUCACCCUUAACGGCGUAUCCCAUAUCGCUACCCCUGAGCUCUCACGCGAUCUCGCGCCUGAGCUAAUUGCGAUGCUCACGCACUCGCGUCCGCAAAUCCGGAAACGCGCCGUCUUGGUCAUGUACAAGGUCCUUCAGCAGUAUCCCGCUGCGGCGCAGACGGCGUUGCCCCGUCUCAAAGAUCGGCUGGAGGAUCCGGAUGGAGCUGUGGUAGCCGCCACAGUCAACGUACUCUGCGAACUGGCACGGAAGAGCCCCACCGACUAUCUGAGCCUCGCGCCCCAGCUCUUCCACCUCCUCACGACCUCAUCCAACAAUUGGAUGCUGAUCAAGAUCAUCAAGCUCUUCGGGAGCAUGAUGCCAUACGAACCCCGCCUGGUCAAGAAGCUCCAACCGCAGAUCGUUGACCUCAUCUCUACCACCCCCGCCAUAUCCCUUUUGUAUGAAUGUGUGCAUACGUGUAUCAUUGGUGGGAUGCUGCGCGGACAUGCGGGCGACAACUUGGCAAGGACAUGCGUCACGAAGUUGGCAGCGUUCAUCCAGGAUCCUGACCAGAAUUUGAAAUAUAUCGCACUUCUUGCGAUGGUCAAGAUCGUGCCUACACACCCUCAUCUCGUCGCUGAAUACCAGGAUACCAUCCUAUCUAGCGUCAACGACCAGGACAUCAGCAUCCGAAUGCGGGCAUUGGAUCUGGUCUCCGCCAUGGCCGACGAAAGCAACCUCCAAUCCAUCGUUCAACAGAUCCUCUCCCAUCUCGUCCCUGAAAGCGUCACUGCCACCCAACCCACCGCCGCCCAAACCCUCGCCCGAAUAUCCACCGCCCCCGGCCGCCCCGCCACCCUCGCCUCACCCUCGCAGUCCGCCGCCUACCGCCUCGUGCUCUGCCAGCGCAUCCUCAGCAUGUGCUCCGCCAAUAUGUACGAGCACGUCGGCAACUUCGAGUGGUACCUCUCCGUGCUCGUCGACCUCGCGAACGUCGCGGGCGUGUCGGGCAUCGGCGCGGAGGUGUGCGCGCAGCUGGUGGAUGUGGUGGGGAGGGUGAGGGCCGUGCGGCGGUAUGGGGUGAAGCUGAUGGCGAGCCUCGUGAUGGACGAUACGAUGUUGAGGAAUGCGAAAGAGGAGGGGAGUUGUCCGGAGGUGCUGUGGGCGGCUGCGUGGAUCUGUGGCGAGUAUUGCAAUGAAAUGAUGGACCCGCAAAAGCUCAUCCCCUACCUUCUCCAACCCGAAAUCACCCUCCUCCCACCCGACAUCAUGGCCAUGUACAUCCAAGCCGCCGUCAAGAUCUUCGGCUUCUGGGCCGCCGAGCUCGCCGCCAACUGGGACAACGACGACCUGCCCGAGCUCCAAGCCACCGUCGACACCAUCAUCACCCGCGCCACCGACCUCGCCAGCAGCCCGCACGUCGAGGUGCAGGAGCGCGCCGCGGAGACGCUGCAGCUCUUCCAAUUUAUUCGCGCGGACCUGGGCUCGUUCACGCCCAAGUCUGAGUCCGCGUACGCGUUCGCGGCGGCAGAGGAAGAUGGUGGGUUUGGCGCGCCUGCGGCGGCGGAGCCGCAUUUCCCGAAGAGCCUGUACUUGAUUCGACCGCUGUUCACUGAGCACGAGCUCAACCCGGUUGCGGCGGAGGCGCAGGCUGCGGUGCCGGUGCCGGAGGGUUUGGAUCUGGACGCGUGGAUCGUGCCACCGGUGGUGGAGAUGGAAGAGGAAAAGCCGACGAAAAAGUCGGGGAAGAAGAGCAGCAAGAAAGAGGGCGGGAGCAGUAAUAAGGGCAAGGAGAAGGCCGUGAACGGGAAGGGGAAGGGCAAGGCUACGAAUGGUGACGCACUGAUCCCGAUUGAGGAGGUUCAGCCCGAAACGCCAGAAGAGAGGGCUGAGAGGGAACGGAGGAAGGCCGAGCGUCUGGAACGCUUGAAGGACGACCCGUACUAUAUCAUGGACAAGUCGUCAACAAAGUCACCCGCUCCCGACGAUGUGGACGCCAUCCCAGUUGUACAACUCGAGGGAAUGCCCUCGCUGUUACCAGACUCCCCCAAUCCUACCCUCCCGUCGAUGCGUCAUGACCGAGAAUCGCCUUCACCCUCACCUGUGCCCUUCGUCGUCGAGCGCGUAGGAGAGAUGCCUCCGGGAGCGAAGCCACCCUCACGGCCAUCCUCCACGGGUAUCUCAACACCUCUAAGUGGCAGAGCGCAAUCGCCCUUGGGUAGUUCGCCGCUCCUCAGUCGGGCCUUCGCUGAUUCACCGCGACCUCCGUCGAUGUCUCCGUAUGCAGAGUAUGAGGUACCGGAGGACGACGCGGCGGAGCCGAGCACGCCUCAGCCCAUCAAGGUGACGAGGACGAAGAAGAAGGGGACGGGAACGAAGAAGAAGAAGAAGGAUACGCAGGCGUAGAUGUACAUGUGUGGCAUGCAAUGGACAAUAGGCAAUGUGCUUACUCUCUGAUGAUGAUAGACUUCUGCUGGCUGGCGAUGCAGAAGAAGAUCCCCGUC